UAUAAGAUGAAAUUAAUGGGUAGAAAAUUGGUGAGCUAACUCUGAACUUUGAAUAGGAAAUUGUUUGGCAGUGGAACAGUGAGGUUAGAACUCAGUAAUUAGCAUUUGCACUCUCUAAUCAAUAACGAAGAUAGCAAGAAAGAGAGAGAGAGAUGGAGGGGAUUGAAGGAGAUAGGAGCAGGGGUGAGGGAAGCAGGUACACUCUGAAACCCUCGCGAAUUAGCAACGAAGAUAUAUUGUUUUGCAUAGAUGUGGAUCCAGAAUCACUUAUUGAGAUGAAGAUUGUUGGACAAAAUGGUAGACCUCUCACUCGAUUGGACGCAAUUAAGCAAGCCAUCGCUCUCUUCAUCAACGCCAAACUCACCAUCAAUCCCGAACAUCGUUUCGCUUUCGCUGCACUCACCAACUCUGUCUCAUGGCUGAGGAAAGAGUUUAGCAGUGAAACUGAGUCAGCAAUUGCAGCAAUAAGGGGGCUUUCAGCUACUUCAACAAGUAGUCAACCAGAUCUUACUAAUUUGUUCCGACUUGCUUAUCAUGAAGCUAAGAAAUCCCGUAUGCAGGGUCGCAUUUUAAGAGUGAUUCUAUUCUACUGUAGAUCAUCAGUCCGCCCACAGCAUCAGUGUCCUGUGAACCAGAAGCUCUUCACUUUGGAUGUCAUGUACCUUCAUGACAAACCUGGACCUGACAACUGUCCCCAGGAGGUAUAUGAUACACUGGUGGAAGCUCUUGAACAUGUUAGCGAGUAUGAGGGUUAUAUCAUGGAAAGUGGUCAAGGGUUAGCACGUGUUCUUUUCCGUCACGUGUUAAUACUAUUGUUGCAUCCUCAACAGCGCUGUAUCCAAGACUAUAUUGACAUACCCAAGUCACUUGCGAAGAAGGCUCCUCUGGUAGAGCCAAUGGCUACCGAAGAUAAUGCUCCAGUAUCCAGCCAAUGAGAAUGUCAUUGUGUUAUUAGGUCUCUCGUGUGAUUUAAGUUGUUCCUUUCAUCUGUAUGGCUUCUUACAUUGCAAAAAAGAUAUUGAAAUUAUAAGUAAUAUUUAACAUGUAUGUCAUGGUAAUUUUCUGUAAAUUAUGCAUACCUUUAUUUUAUACGAAAAAUUUGGAUGGAUUGUUAUGUCAGUUC